UGUCAAUUUUGGGGCUCCUUAAAGGAGUUGUGAUGGACGCCUUUGGUACUAUCGUUAAGGAUUAUCCUGUAUACAACGACCCCCUAGAGCCUGAUGUGAGGAACAUCAGAUUUGAUCUGGCGCCUUCAGCAAAAACGAGAUACAAAAAAUGCCUCCAGAUUGAUUUGAAGGACAAGGGCCUGGUAAAGAUAGAUGUCAUUUGCGCCGAAACACCAUGGUGCCAGAAAUGUCGUCGUCACUUUCAUAAGGAUACGGAUGCGGCCUGCCCUGUUAACCAGAAGUUACGGGGUAAGGACACUGAGAUGGAAGUGGAGAAGAACGGGGAGGAUGAGGAUUGGGGGGAGAAAGAUGGAGAGAAGGAUAAGGCCACAAGGAAAGAGCUAGGGGGAACAUGGGUGGAAGUGGUAAAGCGGAAAGGAGGGAAGAGUAAGCAUAAGGAAAAAACGUUUCCACUAAGUGAAAAAGGAUUAUCGAAAAAGGAGGAAGAGAGGAAACAGGCGGAGGAAAAGAAUAGAGAAGAAGCAAUGAAACGGAAGGAAAAGCAGUUUCAAGAGGAAGAGCGAAGGAGGGAAGAGGAAAGAAGGAGGAGGGAAGAAGAGAUGGCAAAAGCGGAGAAGGAGAAGGAGGAGAGGGAGAGGGAAGAGAGGGAGCAGAGAGAACAGAGGGAGAAGCAGGUUCGAGAGCAGGAGGCAAGAAGGGAAGAGACCAGGAGGAGGGAGGAGGAGGCAAGAAAGGAAAAGGAAAGGAGGGAGGAAGAGAAAAAACAGAGAGAACAGAGGGAGAAGCAGGUUCGAGAGGAGGAAGCAAGAAGGGAAGAGACCAGUAGGAGGGAGGAGGAGGUAAGGAAGGAUAAGGAAAGAAGGAGGGAGGAAGAGAGGGAACAGAGAGAACAGAGGGAGAAUCAGGCUCGAGAGGAGAAGGAAAAAAGGGAAGAGAUCAGUAGGAGGGAGGAGGAGGCAAGGAAGGAAAAGAAAAGAAGGAGGGAGGAAGAGGAAAAAAAGGAGAAGGAGGAGAAGGAGGAGAAGGAGAGGGAAGAAAGAAAAUGGAAGGAAGAACAAGCUCGAGUGGAGGAGACAAGAAGAGAAGAGGCAAGAAAGAGUGAGGAAGAGAAGGAAAAGGAGAAUAAGGAGAGGGAGGAAAAAGAGACCGAAGAGGUCGAAAUGUGGGAGGAAGUAAAAGGAAGUCGGAGUACAGAGAAAGGAGAAACGGAUGACAACGGGAUCUUGGAUCACGGGACACAAGAAGGGGUGGAGGGUUCCGAUGCGAUAAAAAAGCGGAAAGGAACCCCACUAAAAUUCUCAAGGGUGAAUUUGUCUGAACCCUUUGUGUUUCAGGGUCCGUUGCAUCCCUCGCCGUCAUUUGAGAAAGACCUCCCCCCCCGUUCCCCAACUCAUAAUCAGAAAGAGGAGGAACCACGGGAUGGUGGAGGCAGGAGAGUCUUAGGAGCGGGAAGAGACCCAGGAACGGGUGAGGCGCCGAAAGGUAAGGCAGCACAACAAGAAGGCUUUCAAAUUCCCAAAGACCCCGCCGAGAUGCAUGAUCCCGCCGAUUACGACGAUGGCUACUUUCGCCGACCUGAGAACGAAAGCGGACAAUGGCAUCAUGGAGGGUACGACAUCUUUCGAUCGGGAGUGGAGCAGUCUGUCCACUCGCUUCUUCAUUCGUCAUCGGAGAUUCCUCUUCAAGUACCGAUGGAGAUAAACGUGGUGCUGGUUGGCUUCGACAAUGACGGAGGGUAUCGGUACCAUCUGGAGGGUGAUGAUUUGGCAAGAUUUCUGACGAGGAGCUUUCCGACCCAUCGACCGAGCUGUCUGGAGACGGGGCAUGAGUUGGAAGUCACUCAUCAACUUCGCUAUAAUGUCAUGAAGGCAACACGGCAGGAUGUCAUGGGUAUGGAGCAGCAGCUAAGGAGAGCUAUGGUGCACGCCGGCAGCAUGCCUGAUCCGUUCAAACCGAAGCACACUGAAGCAACUGUCGACAUGUAUGAUGUCCCGGCGGAAGCUUUGGAGAGGACGUUUGAUCGCUUGUAUUAUUAUGCCUUUGGGGAAAGGGUUUCUGGCGGCCAUCAUGCUUCCGAUCACACGCCGAAUGCUAUCUUCAUCUUCAAUUUUGACAAGAGCCGAAUGGAUCCGAAAAAGGACUGGAAUGCAGUACACAACUUGGUAAAUUUUACAGAGACGUUGACCGCACAGGAGUUGUCAGAUCAGGAGGCAGGUUUUGUCUAUCGCUAUCGAUACAUGGGAGGAGCCCCUACGCAGGUGUGGCUGGCUGCGAAUAGAUAUGUUGUUAUUGACUUGUCCGCAGGCCCUGUCAUCUACGGUAAGCUGGGUGCUGAUGAAGGAGCUGUUUCGACGUUCACACUCCCUCGGAUACGCCAUGCUGUCCUCCCUCGGGCUCCGACCCCUGAAUUGCGACACCCGUUCCCGAGGAAACACACCCCCCACACUUAUGAGUACAUGAGGGGCAAGAUCGGGUAUCUGGUUAUGUCAGCGGUAGAGCAUGUUUUUGCUGGAGAUAUCAGAUUUGAGACACUAGACGCAGCACAUCGUGUGCUGGUGCCGAUCAUCGUGAUGAGAAAUCACCGGAGGUACAACCCUCUCAAGGCUGGACACAAACACUCCAUUAACAUCGAAUUCAUUGAGCGCGAGAUUGAGAAGAUGGUUCAACCAGGACAGGAGGUGGUGGUGGUGAACGGUCUUUUCAGUCUUCACGACCACGAGCAAAUUGCAAUGGCCGUUGCCAAAUCUCAGAGAAGCAUUUCCACGUUCAUGAACUUGGGCGACUGGAAGAUUCUGAUGCAGACUCAUACCUUCAUGGAUGGUCUUGUGUUGGUUGAUGAAAUGCGACACUCACCAGACAUGCUGGCAGCUGGCCUGUUGGAGCUAUCGGAUCCUCAUCUUUCAGCCGAGUUCUUUAAUCAGGAGAAGCUUCUGGAAGCACAAAAACCAAAGGAGGAAGCGGCUAGGCCAGAUGUUGUGCUGAAGACAACCACUGGAAGUCCCAAGUCUUCGCCGGGACCGACGAGAACUCGAAAACCGAUUCCAAAUUCUGCGCGAGCUCACGGAACACAUGUGCUUCCCAUCUAUGUGAUGUCGCUGUCUGGCAUGGACCCUGGACUACUGAUGAGUGGCGAAAGUGGGUUGGUGGCCACGAAGGAUGCUGUUGUUGUUCUUCAGACGAAUAAUGACAGUAUACCUCUAAGCUACGUCUCUGAACAUCAACGGUGGACAUCAGAUCGCACCAGUGUGACUCGUGACAUCGUCGCAGGUGCUGCCAUGGCACUCGGUGGACUCGCUGCACCGUAUGAGCGCUACUCGCCGCGGAAGGAGCAGAGGGUCGAGAACUGGAUCUGGGGCAAUGGUCAUCAUCCUUUUGGACCAUUUAGCAACUGUACAACAGUCAGCGACAUUCUUCUUGGAAACAUGGUGAGAAAUGCCAUUUACUCGCGUGUGGACACGGCAUUGCGAUUGCUGCGGAAGACCUUGGCGUCGAUCCAAGCAUUUGCAGAUCAGUAUUUGAGCACACCCCUCGGUGAUCCCAUCGUGACUGACAAAAAGCCAAAGAAGCAAUGGAUCGAUCGGUUGUACAAGGACCCAACAGCCUCCUUCCAGCCGCUUCCAAAAGAGGCCGUCGACUCUCUGAGCCAGAAAUUGAUGGAAAUGGAAAAUCUAAUGGUGGACAUGAGCGGGCUUUUUUACGACCAUCACUAUGAUGAGGCACACGUGAAGUCGACCACACUCUACCAUCUCGUCAAAGCCUUUGAAGCGUACGCGGACGACCAGAUUUUGGCGGCGAAGGAACGGAUGAGGUGCUGUGAGGUCCGACAUGCUCCGCAGGUCCAGUCGUCACAGACACUUUUGUAUGCAGGUAUUUUGGGCGCAGGUUUCCUUGUUUACUUCCUGGUAAUCUAUUUCUCAUCUCCUCACAAGUAGGAUCUUUUUGCAGGCAUUAGACGAGAGUGUUGUAGAGGAUUAAACCGAUCCUCCCUCCCAGCCUCUCUCCAGCCUGGCCUCACUCGGUUUCUUCCCCCAAAAAGCAGCAACUCUGUCUGCAUGCAUUUGAAUGGAGGGCCCUACACGGUCUCCUUCCCCCGCGGCAGGUUUUUAACAGCUCAAGGGGAGAGAAAUCAGAUCCAUAGAAUUCGCCAGUCGAUCCAUCGGUUACCUGAUUGCCUGAUGGCACCUCUCGUUGCUGUUCAUUGAUCUUCGCCGAAGUCGCGCAGACUUGCGCUGUUAUUGGCUGAUAGAUGGAAGGCGAUCUCAAUGGUUCAGGCAGGCAAAAGUGGCCGGAACGGAGUGACAAGCGGCACUUGAGCAGCAGUGAAGCAUGGACGCUUCACUGAUUGCCCCCAGGAGGGCAAAUUGCAGUGUGAUAAAAAAAAUCCCACGAAAGUUGUGCUGUUCGGGCGGAAGAGGAGCCGGAGUUGUCCUCCCUUUGACAAGCGAGCACACAGUUCUCUUCCCCACGAAGCCUGUGGUGGGGACCACCACAAGAUUUGGAUAUGCAACUGUGACUGUGUUUCCGAGAAUCUGGGUGUUCGUUUGUAAGUUUGGACGGACGUAGUUUUCUGUUUUCUCGUCCUGAGGGCUGUUACGACAAA